AUGGGCAAGGCUCAGGACAAGCUCUCCCGCGUGGAAUAUCCUGCCUACCCGAAAGCCCUUCACACUGCUUUCAGGCAGGUGUCAAAGAAGCCUCCCUGGAAGCUUUGCUCAGAGUGGACUGCUUCCAGCGCUAUGAAACUCGGACGCGGCAGCCGGGGCACGAGUUUGGCUACUGCCGGCAGGGCAAAUGCCCGGGACGGGGAAUGUGCUGUCACCUAUGGCCUGUCGGCAUCCUCCAGUGCGGUGCAGGGAGCACCUGAUGCUGAGCCCUGUGAGGGUGAACCUGGCUCCCAAGUCGGGGCGGUGAAAGCCUUUGGAGUUAGGCACGGGGAGGCGAGGGGUACUCGGAGGACGGUGGUCGGAGGAAGGGCGCCCGGGGUCUGGCUUGUCGACGCAGCUGCAAUGCCCUCUCCCGGGCACUCGCCGUUCCAGGACAUCGGAGGUGGUAAGUCAGCCCCUCAGUCGCAGCUCAGAAAACCUGUCCCUGGUGUGGCCGCGGCCGUGGCCGUGCCAGGGCAGAGCACUUACCAGCCCUCAGGCAUGUUCGUGUGCCGGGAGGGAGAUAACCUUGUCAGCGUUCAGCUGCAAGCCCCUCUCAGUUGGAAUUCUGAGGAUGUCCGAUGUAAAUGCAUCUGCCCUCCUUACAAAGACCAUUCAGGCCAUAUUUACAACAAAAAUAUUUCACAGAAAGACUGCGAUUGUCUUCAUGUGGUUGAGCCUAUGCCCGUCCCUGGACCUGAUGUAGAAGCAUACUGUUUACGUUGUGAAUGCAAAUACGAAGAGAGAAGCUCUGUCACAAUUAAGGUUACAAUCAUCAUAUACCUGUCUAUUUUGGGCCUACUUCUUUUGUACAUGGUGUACCUUACACUGGUGGAACCUAUACUGAAGAGACGUCUCUUUGGACAUUCGCAACUCAUACAAAGUGAUGAAGACAUUGGGGAUCACCAGCCUUUUGCAAAUGCGCAUGACGUGCUGGCUCGUUCUCGGAGCCGUGCCAAUGUGUUGAACAAAGUGGAGUAUGCCCAGCAGCGCUGGAAGUUACAGGUCCAAGAGCAGCGCAAAUCUGUCUUUGACCGUCAUGUUGUGCUGAGUUAAUUGUGUCUCAGUAAAAUAACUCCAAGGAAGUAAAGUGGACUAAUUGAAAGAGCUGACUUAUGUCUUCCUGAUCCUGCCAAUUCAUAAGGGUUUUCUUGGAUGAUUCAUUAUUGAUUUAAAAAAAAAAAAGAGAGAAAAAAGUGUUUGAAGGAAUAUACUGGAGUGGAAGCAAUUUAAAAAGAUUAGUUAACCAAAACCUAAAAUCUUUAAACUUUCAAAUGGCUUUUACUAACAAAACUGAAAAGAAAACAAAAACAAACCCUAAGGUAUCUUGGGUUGCCAUUGUGGUACCUUAUUUACAGUUGUAACUUUAUGGUGUUUUUUAACUAUAUAUUUCUCUCUACUAUUUAUGUGGUUAAAAAGUACCUGGGAACACAGUAACUACUUACAGCUCACUAAUCACUUUAUGUAAAGACCUUUUGUAAAUAUAUUUGGAUUUUCUGCCGACUAAUGCUAGGUACUGGAAAUCUAAAUCUUGCAGUGUAGUUUUCAUAUCAGAGAAUGAAAUCCUGAUUGGCUGUAUUCAUCAUUUGGUUUCUUGCACUUGUACUUUCAAGAUGCUUGUAUGUCAAGUGAUGUUUGCAGAUUUAAGGCAAGACUUAAAUUGACACUGACACUUUGAGCUGCAUACUUAAAGUACUGUGAUGUAGAUAAACUCAAAUGCAGUGCAUAUCAAGACAGUGUUGGCACUUUGUUCUAUUUUUCUUUAAUAGCUUAAUAUAUUGUAUGUGUAUGAUAUCUCUUUAAAAAAAAUCUUUUCCCUUUCUUUUCAUGGGUAAAGUCUCAGGAGUUAGUAUAUGAUGAAAUAUUUAUUAUAAAAAUCUUUCUGCAUUUGUCUGGAUUGAUGAUGUAAGGCACAUACUUUCUCUAGCACCUGUCAUCUUGGGAGUUAGGUGUAUUUUUUAUCUGUGAUUCUGUACUCAUCUCUUAAGAGGUAUACAGCUGCUAGAUGACUAACUUUCAUAUAUCCUGUUUAGAAUGUAACAAUUAAAGAUAAAACUGAUUUUUGAAAAAC